GCCAAAGCGAGAGCGACGAGAUUAUGUAAAUAGCUGGAUUCCGGCUGAGGUAUCCUAUUGGCCAUCGGGACAAAACUAUGCUUUAGCCAAUCAAAGUGCUCCGUGGACAAUCGCCGCUCUGCCUAUAAAAGGGUGAAGCAGCGCCGUCCGCGGCGACUUUCUCGGUCGGCAGGCUAGGGCUGCUCGCAGUGACUGUAGCUAUCAUGUCUGGUCGUGGCAAGCAAGGAGGCAAAGCUCGCGCUAAGGCCAAGUCGCGGUCAUCCCGCGCUGGCCUUCAGUUCCCAGUGGGGCGAGUGCACCGCUUGCUGCGCAAAGGCAACUACGCCGAGCGGGUUGGGGCCGGCGCGCCCGUCUAUAUGGCGGCGGUCCUCGAGUACCUGACGGCGGAAAUCCUGGAGUUGGCCGGUAACGCGGCCCGGGACAACAAGAAGACGCGCAUCAUCCCCCGCCACCUCCAGCUGGCCAUCCGCAACGACGAGGAGCUGAACAAGCUGUUGGGCAAAGUCACCAUCGCCCAGGGCGGCGUCUUACCUAACAUCCAGGCCGUCUUGCUCCCUAAGAAGACUGAGAGUCACCACAAGGCAAAGGGCAAGUGAGGCCUGCGUCCUUCUGGAAGCUCAGCUCAGCCCAGCCCUCGUCUCGGAUAGGCGUAGCCGUGAAAUCAAAGGCUCUUUUCAGAGCCACCCCCUCUUUCAAAUAAAGAGCUGUUACAAUGUCUA